UCAAACAAUAAUAUAUUUGUAUCAUUUGAAAGUGAAAUGUAUACAUAUUUUUGCUAACAUGUUCUCAGGAUUACAAAGGCAACUAACAUUAUUAAAAUUAGUUAUGAUAUUUGUUAUAAUAUUCAUGUCAUUUAUAUUAAUAUUAAGUUUACUAUGUAACUCAUGUUUACAUAUAAACAAAUAUAUGAAAAGUAACAAUUUUAUUAAUAAUGAAAAUAAUAAGCAUAGCAAUCUGAUAAGUAAUAAAUCUAUAGCCAUGUUUUCAAUAGAAGAAAUGAAAAAUAUAAAAGAACAAUUGAAUUCUAGAAAAAAUGAAUUAGAACAAUAUUGUAAAACUAUAAGUAGAACAAGUUCAAAUUUAGAUAAUGUAUUAUCAAAUAUGAUAAUUGAUACAAUACAUGGAUUAUCCUGGUGCCCUAUAUACAAAGCAGCAAGUUCUACGUGGAUGAAGCAUUUUGCUACACUUGGAGGUGUAUUAACUGAAUCAGCUAUGGAAUUGAUUCGUAGAAAUAUUUUACAAAUUAAUACAAUUGUUAGAAAAGCAUUUCCACGUGAUCGAGAUGUUAAAAAAGCAUAUCAAAAAUUAAAUACAACAACGAAAUUUUUGAUAGUGCGCCAUCCAUUUGAACGUCUUGUUUCUGCAUAUAGAGAUAAAUUGGAACAUAUAGAAGGAAGAGAUUAUUAUUAUAAAAGAUUUGGACGUCAUAUUACGCACAAAUAUCAUCGAUAUAGGAAACCAAAUGAAACGAAAUUAGAGCCUACAUUUACAGAAUUUCUUCGAUUUAUAGUAGAAGAAAAAUACUUUGAUGAACAUUGGGCACCAUUUAUUGAUACUUGUGAACCCUGUUUAAUUCCGUAUAAUUAUAUUUUAAAAUUCGAUACUUUCGAUAGAGAUCAAAAAUUUUUAAUACAAGAAUUAGGAUUAAAUGAAUAUCUGUAUGAAAAAAAUGAUUUAAAAAAUAUAAAUCCACGUGGAGUUACAACUACUACUCUAGUUAAAGAAUAUAUACAAAAUGUUCCUAGAUCAUUGCUUGAUGAAGUUAACAAAGUUUAUGAAAAUGAUUUUAAACUUUUUUCCUAUUUACCUAUAUAAUAAUUUAAAAUAUAUUUAAGAGUGAUAAUAGACAUAAAAGUGUGAUAAAUAAUUAUGUUUAAUAAUUUUUAUUAAUACAAUUUGAGCAAUAAUAAUCUCUACCAUAGA